GAUGGAUAUUUCUACAGAGGAGCUUGCUAUUAUCUCUUCAGAGGAGAAGAGCACGUAUGUUUCAGAGCUGACUGUAAAGAAAAAUCUGAGGGGUCAAACUGUCAGAGUUUAUUCAUCCGGAAUCGACAGUCAAAUACCUAUAUUUCACCCUUAUAAAGAACGAGUGAAUUACUUGCAAGAUGACCCUGAUUCUUUUGAUGAUGAUUUCUGGAGAUCAACAAAUGAAAUGGAUUGCUUUUAUGGAUUCGGUUAUACAAAAUAUUUUCACACUCUAAAAUUCUACACAAUUGGCUGUGAUAUUGCAAAUCAUAUAUUCUUUUUUUGUCAAGAAUUAAUUGGCUGGGCAGAUGUUCUCACUAUGAAAGAUCUCUUAGCUCUUCCGAAAUAUGAGAGAAUUUGCCCCAACAACACUUUCAUGUGCAAUUCUUCUGAAAUAUGCAUUAACAAUAUCUAUAUUUGCGAUGCAGUCGUAGAUUGUCCAAUGGGAGAGGAUGAAGAGAACUGCCCUGAGCAUUUUAUCUAUUUCGAGUGUAGCUCUACUCAGAAGAUAUCUCAUCAACUAGUUUGCAACCACGUGAACGACUGUGAAAAUUGGCUGGACGAAGCUUAUUGCGGUGAGACGUAG